AUAGAAGUCUAUGUAGCUGAGCAAAUUAAUUGCCACAGUGUAGGUAAGCCUAUAACUGUCUUCUUAAUACGGACCUUAGGUCGGUCCAGGGUACACCAGAAUUUGUAUUCAGUUCGGUCUUAUACUAAGAUGAAAACUGAUCUGUCUAAAUAACAGCUCUAAGGACCAGGAAACUGAAAAGAAAUUGCCCAAACAUACUGAACCUUAUAUGGAAAAGUUUUAAAUUCAACUGCAAAUCGAUACCUCAGAAUGAUUGCUUUCCAACACAUUUUUCUUUCCUUCUUCAUAGAAAAUGAAUUAGGCGUCAAUAGCGUUACAGGCCAAGCUUUCCGAAGUGCUGUUUAAAGUGAACCGCUUUCCGCCAAUGAAUCUUUGAGUGGUAUAUUUUGGCUUGUGGAAUAGUUUCAAAAAUUACACAUGUGAGGAAUCAUUGGAAUAAGGUAAAUCCAAGUUCUCUUUUAGACUUUUGCCUUAAAUUCGAGACUGUUGAGAAUUAAGAGCUUUAAUUCAAUCUAAGCCGGAGACUGCGGACAGGCAUCAGCUACGUUUGAGUUUUUUAAAUAAAUUGUUUUAUAUUUUGGUCCCAGAGUUCUUAGAAUUAAUGAUCAGAGUAGACAUAAAAACAUUAGCUUUGUCGGUACAGCUCAUUGUUGUCGACAAAAGUUAUGCAAAAACAAAAAUGAAGAACUUUUGAGGCAUUGAACCUUGCUUAUGUAUCAGUCUUGGUAUUCUUAUUCUCGCUAUCGAUCUGACUUAGAUACUCUGUUCCUUUCUUGCCGCAGGCAGUUCCGUAGCCAUGUUGUCGUGGAUGUACAUUGGUUUUACAAUACUCUUUGCUGUAAUGGUCAUAUGUAACCUGGUUGGUAACACCUUAGUCAUCCUUGUGGUUACACUCAACAGAUCCAUGAAGACACCCACUAAUUAUCUGCUUGUAAAUCUCGCUAGUGCGGAUAUGGUGGUCGCAGUCUUCAUCGGUUUACAAUUUAUAGCAACUCCAACCUUCACCCACCCUCAGGGGACUUUAGGGUCAGUGCUAUGUAAAACGCUUACAGGUGGCACUCCUGGUUGGGUAGGUGCAGUUGCCUCUGUGUUUUCCCUUGUUGCAAUAGCGAUAGAGCGCUACUGGGCAGUCUUACAUCCCCACAGCCAGAAAAUCAAACUUACAAAGACAAAGAUUGUUAUACUUGCCCUCCUCUCAUGGAUCGUCUCUAUCAUAUGGGCCAUUCCAGGAUUCUGGGCAACUACUUACAUCAAAGAAAUAAAGGGAUGUGCACAUAGCUUUUCCAAACCAAUUUACGCCAAGCUAUACACUGUUGGGUGGUCUGUGGUGGCAGGUGUCAUACCUAUUACUAUCAUGGGUGGCCUGUACUCUAAAGUAGUCUACCGCCUUUGGUUUGUAAACAGCGCUAACGCAGAAUUAAGUCAACGAGCCUUACUUCGUUACCGCAAGCGCGUUACUAAGAUGGUGAUUUUUGUGACCGUCGUGUAUGUGAUGUGUUGGGUUCCUGAGCUGUUGAUCUAUUUCCUAGGUUUCACUGGUGCAAUUUCAUUACAGGCUAUUCAUCACGCUAUUGCUUCAGCAUUGGUGGUGUUUAAUUCAAGUAUCAAUCCCGCAGUGUACAGUCUACAGAGCAGCAAAUUUCGCAACCAUAUUGGGGACUUGAUUUGCUGUAAAAAGAACAUAGUCAUUCCCUUAAACAACAGCGACUUAACCCAUGAAGCCGGGCGAUCAGAUGAUGAAGUCGAGAACGGGCAAGAGAUGUUGCCAUCUGCAUCAGCUGCCAAUCGUUACCACGAGUGA